AUGCGCUGCCAGAAAACCCUCGACGUCAGGAGACCGAGUGGCGACCUGCGACUUUCCCCCUCGCUGACCUGCUCACCCGCCGCGCCAGCCAAGUUCAAGGAGGCGUUUACAACCCAGCGCUCAGAGGAGGAGCCCGAGGUCUCCGGGACCCACCCCCACCAACUUCCGCUCCGCCCCCUCAACUUCCGGCCUCUGGGACUAUUGCGACUCGGGAGGGAGGGGACUUUCCCGGUUUUGGGUCAGCCGGGGCCGUGUCGGCUCAGCGAUGCGGUCCGCGCCUCCCUGUGGGGUGCUGUGCGGGGUCUCUGGGCGCGCCCGGCCCGUGGCCCGGCCCGCCGGCACCGGAGCUGCGGGGGCCUGCCGGUGGAGGAGCUGUUCGCCCGCGGCGGGCCCUUGCGCACCUUCCUGGAGCGCCAGGCGGAGUCUCAGUCCCAGUUGCAGGCCCCCAGGGGGCCUGAGCUGCUGGCCGUGGCCAAACUGCUGAGCGAGAAGGAGCGGGAGCUGCGGGAGACCGAGCCCUUGCUGCACGAUGAAAAUGAAGACCUAAGGAAACUUGCAGAGAAUGAAAUAGCUUCCUGUCAAAAAGAAAUCGCUCAAUUGAAGCAUCAGAUUAUCUUACUUCUGGUUCCCUCAGAAGAAACAGAUGAAAAUGAUUUGAUCCUGGAGGUAACUGCAGGAGUUGGGGGUCAGGAGGCAAUGCUAGAAAGUAAGGAAAGUUCCAAAAACAACAGUGGAAGUGUGUCUGAUGGACAUGAACUUACAGUGGCAAAGCUGGAACAAUCCCUGUUACUGGGUUCUAAAGACAAGCAGGAGAACAGUGCCUUUGGAAAGAGUGAAUGA